AACACUCCGGACGCGUCGUCGCUUCCCAAAAGCCAGUCAGUCUCCAUCUCCACACUUCGCUCUCACUCCACGCCGCGUACCGCUACUUAAGUACUACCACCGCCGCCGCCUGACGACGCCCUGACCACCUCCGCCACCAUCGUGCUCCGUACACGCUCCGGCCAUGGCCGCCGCCGCGGCCUCCUUCUCGGCCCUUCCGUUCCUUCUGCUGUUGCUGCUGGUGCCGUCGCUAGACGCCGCCUCCAAUGUGACGUACGACCACCGCUCCCUCAUCAUCUCCGGCCGCCGCCGCCUCAUCAUCUCCACCUCCAUCCACUACCCCCGCAGCGUCCCCGAGAUGUGGCCCAAGCUGGUGGCUGAAGCCAAGGACGGCGGCGCCGACUGCAUCGAAACCUACGUCUUCUGGAACGGCCAUGAGAUCGCCCCAGGCCAGUACUACUUCGAGGACCGGUUCGACCUGGUGCGGUUCGUGAAGGUCGUUAAAGACGCUGGGCUGCUCUUGAUCCUGCGCAUCGGUCCCUUUGUCGCCGCCGAGUGGAAUUUUGGAGGUGUGCCGGUGUGGUUGCACUACGUGCCAGGAACGGUUUUCAGGACGGACAAUGAACCAUUCAAGAGCCAUAUGAAGAGUUUCACGACAUACAUCGUGAAUAUGAUGAAGAAAGAGCAGCUCUUCGCUUCCCAGGGAGGGAACAUUAUCCUAGCUCAGAUAGAGAAUGAAUAUGGAGAUUAUUAUGAACAAGCGUAUGCACCUGGCGGCAAGCCAUACGCGAUGUGGGCAGCUAGUAUGGCUGUUGCUCAAAACACUGGUGUCCCUUGGAUUAUGUGCCAGGAGUCUGAUGCUCCUGAUCCUGUGAUAAACUCUUGUAAUGGUUUCUACUGUGAUGGAUUCCAGCCAAAUUCACCAACCAAGCCAAAACUUUGGACUGAGAAUUGGCCAGGCUGGUUCCAGACUUUUGGUGAAAGUAAUCCCCACAGACCACCUGAAGAUGUUGCAUUCGCUGUUGCACGUUUUUUCGAGAAAGGUGGCAGCGUUCAGAAUUACUAUGUGUAUCAUGGUGGCACAAAUUUUGGUCGCACUACUGGGGGACCAUUCAUUACAACUAGCUAUGACUAUGAUGCACCAAUUGAUGAAUAUGGCCUCAGGAGAUUUCCAAAGUGGGCACAUCUGAGGGAUCUUCACAAAUCCAUAAGAUUGUGUGAGCACACCCUGCUUUAUGGAAACACAACAUUUCUUUCUCUGGGGCCUAAACAAGAGGCUGAUAUUUACAGUGAUCAGUCUGGAGGAUGUGUUGCAUUCCUGGCAAAUAUUGAUUCAGCCAAUGACAAAGUUGUCACUUUCCGUAACAGGCAAUAUGAUCUUCCUGCUUGGUCAGUUAGUAUUCUUCCUGACUGCAGGAAUGUGGUGUUCAACACUGCAAAGGUGCAAUCUCAAACUUCGAUGGUGGCCAUGGUUCCAGAAAGUUUGCAAGCAUCAAAACCUGAGCGAUGGAACAUUUUCAGGGAGAGAACUGGGAUUUGGGGUAAAAAUGACUUUGUCCGAAAUGGAUUUGUGGACCAUAUUAAUACAACAAAGGACUCCACUGACUACCUAUGGUACACAACAAGUUUUAGUGUGGAUGAAAGUUACUCGAAAGGGAGCCAUGUUGUCCUCAAUAUAGACUCCAAAGGCCAUGGUGUCCAUGCUUUCCUGAAUAAUGAGUUUAUAGGCAGUGCAUAUGGUAAUGGCUCACAAUCAAGUUUCAGUGUGAAAUUGCCUAUCAACUUGAGGACUGGGAAGAAUGAGCUUGCCCUUCUAAGUAUGACUGUUGGUUUACAAAAUGCAGGAUUCUCUUAUGAAUGGAUAGGAGCGGGCUUUACAAACGUGAACAUCUCUGGUGUGAGAAAUGGAACCAUAAACUUAUCUUCAAAUAAUUGGGCAUACAAGAUUGGACUGGAAGGGGAAUAUUAUAGUUUGUUCAAGCCCGAUCAGAGAAAUAAUCAACGGUGGAUACCACAAUCUGAGCCACCGAAAAACCAACCUUUGACAUGGUAUAAGGUAAAUGUUGAUGUUCCACAAGGAGAUGACCCAGUUGGGAUAGACAUGCAGUCUAUGGGGAAAGGCUUGGUUUGGUUGAACGGAAAUGCCAUCGGGAGGUAUUGGCCCAGGACUAGUUCUAUUGAUGAUAGGUGCACUCCCAGUUGUGACUACAGGGGAGAAUUUAAUCCAAACAAGUGCAGGACAGGUUGUGGACAACCAACUCAGAGAUGGUACCAUAUCCCACGGUCAUGGUUUCACCCCUCAGGGAACAUCCUUGUGAUCUUUGAGGAAAAGGGUGGGGAUCCCACGAAGAUCACAUUCUCAAGAAGAGCUGUGACAAGCGUGUGCUCCUUUGUGUCAGAGCACUUUCCUUCCAUAGACUUGGAGUCCUGGGAUGGAAGUGCCACAAACGAAGGCACAUCCCCAGCCAAAGCACAGCUGUCUUGCCCCAUUGGUAAAAAUAUAUCUUCCUUGAAGUUUGCGAGCUUGGGAACCCCUAGUGGAACUUGUAGAUCAUACCAAAAGGGGAGCUGCCACCACCCGAACUCCUUAUCUGUUGUUGAGAAGGCCUGUCUGAACACCAAUAGCUGUACAGUCUCCCUAUCAGACGAGAGCUUCGGGAAGGAUUUAUGCCCUGGAGUCACCAAAACACUCGCCAUCGAAGCGGACUGUUCUUAGUGGCCUGCUAAGUAUCUGUGUCCAUACCAGGCUCCACUACAACUGUGCCCAUCAAAAUUCUCAAAAUUGUAGUGCUUGUUGCGUGACAUAUUAUUGUAACCUGGAUUUGAAUAUCUACCUGAGCUAGGUUCCACGAGCUUUCGCUUUUCUGAAACUUGAAAGUUGUUGCUGAACAGUGACCCAAAGCUGAGUCCUGAAAGGCGACAGUUAAAGAUAGCGAUUGAUACUGAUCAUCUGUGCUAGCAAUUGCAUCAUGUAUUGGGGGAUCUCUAUGUGAACUGUUUGAUUGAGAACCGUGAACGAACCUGUCAUGACGCA